GACGGUACGUACCUACUUCUUGUGAUGCUUGUAAGUCAAAGGUUCAGUUGUAAGCCAUCCCAUGCUUCGUUUUGUGGCACCACAAUCUCACCUGCUCUCUACGGCUCUUCUUUCACAUGCUGCGUCUCCACCAUCAAGGCUAUUCUAAGACAAAGAGACAAAAAAACGAAGAAGAAAGCAAGACCCAUGGCAUUAUAACCGGCAUGGCAUAGGUGCGCUUGAUCCGGAAAGUGUGGAAGAAACUGAGACAUGCAUAAUGGCUUUGCCCGUAUCCUCACUUUCUGUUGGCCGCGGCCUCUCUCGUCUCCCCACGCCACUGGCCGCAGCAAGAAUCGUAUUACAUGCUGUCUCUUUUAUUGGGCGUCAGGUGGUGAGUCUCGAGUCAAGUCACGAAGCUGUUCACACCAUAUCUGCGUGCCUGCGUCGCCCAUGUCAUCAUGAUCAUCACCACGAGUUGCUAAAGAUAGGCGCUCGUCGGAAUGCGGAGGGUCCGUCCAAUUUGCGAAAUCGCAACAACGACGAACGACAACGGUGUGUGUCAGCGCUGGCUGGAACAAAGCUGGUUCCCUUGGAUGGCGACAAGGCAAAUGAAGUGAGAAAUUAAACGGUGACGAGCGCGCGCCAAUCGAGCGUCGACGGCC